UAAACAACAAGAGACGAAGAAGAAUGCCGUCCGGACGUGACGUCGACGUAAAGUCAGUGUGCUCUCCUGCUAUGCCAGUUAGCAUGUUCAGCUUUGGAGGUUCCGCCUAAUUGACCCUGUAGCUUCUCAGAGAGUUCCCAUUGCGAUCGUCCCUUCUUCAGCAGCAGCAUGAGUACGUUAUGGAUGGGGAACCUGGAGACCUACAUGGAUGAGAAGUUCAUCACCAGAUCCUUCUCCACCAUGGGGGAGCAGGUGGUUAAUGUGCGCAUCAUACGCAACAAGAUGACUGGUUUGUCAUCACCCAGGGGGGCCCUGGGCUACUGUUUUGUUGAGAUGACUGAUGAGGCUACAGCAGAAAGAUGUCUCCGCAAAAUCAACGGAAAAGCCUUACCAGGAGCCAACCCGCCCACACGGUUCAAAUUAAACCGAGCCACCUUUGGGAAACAAGAAAGUGGACAGAUGUAUUCUCUAUUUGUGGGAGAUCUAACUCCAGAGGUGGACGAUGGGAUGCUUUACGAGUUCUUCUACAACCGCUACCCUUCCUGUAGAGGUGGAAAAGUGGUGCUGGACAGCAUGGGGAACUCCAAGGGCUGUGGCUUUGUUCAGUUCCCAGACGAGCGCCUGCAGAAGCGUGCACUUGAGGACUGUCAGGGAGCUGUGGGACUGGGGGGUAAACCUCUACGACUAAGCCUGGCUGCUAACAAUUUAAGGAACCGACCGCAGCCGUCAGAGCACAGAUCGUGGCAGUCCAGCUCAGGAUACAAGCCCAGCUAUGACCAGUACAACCAGUACCAGCAGCAGGCCUAUCCUGGCUAUUAUCCCUCCUGGGGCUAUGAUCAGACUGGAGCAGGCUACGGCUACAACUACCAGCAGUACGAUUACACACAGUACCCCCCACCACAGGAAACCGAGGAGGUUCCGGAUGACGGACUUGAAGAUCCCAGUCCAGAGCUGGAUGUGGUGGAAGCCAACAGGAAGUUCAUGGAGCUCAGUGAAGAACUGUACGAUGCCCUGAUCGAGUGUCAUUGGCAGCCAGCAGAGGCGUCUACAGAGCAGGACUACAUGACCUCCAGCCUUCCAGAACCCGUCUACUGCUGAGUCAUGGCCGGGAUUCUACCACGAAACAUGUUUCUGAUGUUUUUAUGGACCCACAGAAAUGUACUGAAUAGUUGAUGUUAAAUUCCUAAGUGUAAUUUCAGACAUAACACCAAAAUAGUUUGACAUAACAUGUAAUGUGAAAAACCAUCAAAUCCUAAAAAGUAAAAUACAAUGGAAGAAGUAAACCCAAAAUAAACCAUUUCACAGCACAGUGACUUCUGAGGAUAAGCUAACACAUUGGCACAUUCAUUAUUUUCUCCUUCAUUAAAGCCUUGUAUGUAGAUUAUUUUGAGCACAGGGUACGUGAAAAUUAAAGGGUCAGUGUUGCCUUUUGGUCAUUCACUGCAUUUCCGGUAGUUGAACCUGUCUGUAUGGGUUCUAUAAUGUUCUUCUCUCAGGCUGAAAUAUGUCCUGCUGCGAAGCUGAAUAAUAUCCUCCUAAAUAAAACAACCAUCUCUA